CUUCUACAUAGAUCUCGUCGGAAUUCAUCGAUUCUGCCACGAAUGCGGCACGAGCUGUCAGCUGCCGUAUAUAAAUCCUGCAGGUACGCUGCCUUCAACAGGUGGUGGAAUUAGAGUCGGCGAAAUUGUUUUCAAUUCGCACGUGGUUCGAGGUGGCUGAGCUUCCGCCUGAUUCUGCCGUCCCCCUCGACUUCAUGAACGCCGAUGGUCUCGGCGGAGACUGCCCACUGCUUGUGGCGCCGCCGCCUCUGGCGGAACCCGCAACACUGACUCUGCCGUUCAGGGAGCAGGAGACUUCAGUCAUCGUGGCCGCUCUGAAGCGCGUCAUCGCCGGGGAAGGCGCCGGGGUGAGCAGGCAGAAGAGAACGAGGGAGAGCUUCUCCGGCGAGGCGCCGCCGCGGUUGUACUUCGAUUUCACGGAAACAAAGCAAGCAGAGGUGGCGGAUGCUGCGGGCGCUUCCGGCGGCGCCUCCGCCGUCGCGGGGAGAGAGCGAGGAGGGAAGAUGAGGUACAGAGGAGUCCGGCAUCGGCCGUGGGGCAAAUGGGCGGCGGAGAUACGCGACCCGCAAAAGGCUGCCCGCGUGUGGCUGGGCACAUUCGCCACCGCCGAAGCCGCCGCUCGGGCCUACGACGAGGCUGCUUUACGCUUUCGCGGAAACAGAGCCAAGCUCAACUUUCCAGAGGAGGCCAGCUGUCACCGGCGACUCCCCCCUGCCCCGUCGGACAACAUAGCAACCGGUUCCAUAGCUCCGGCGGCGCUCCUGGAGUCUCACCCCUUUGGAGUCGGCACCGUUAGGGACUCGAUGAUUCUUCCGGAACCGGAUGCUCCGGCGCUUCUGUAUCAAAUUCAAUGGACCUCUGUUCCAACCUGGGAAGCUAUUGAUGCUGCGACCGCCGCUCCACCCUCCUCUCCGCCCUUCUACAGUCCGGAAUUAACUCAGGAUAUGGAUUUUAUUCAAUCUCCGGAAUGGAAUGAUGAAUCCACUUAUCCUCCAUCUUCUUCUCCGAUAUAGGAAUACUCUCUCUUUCUAUAUUUAUAUUUCAUUCAAUUUAUUUAAAAUCGUUUGGUUUGUGUAUUUGGUAGGAUGCCAUUGAUUUUUUUUUUUAAUUUCUUUCAAGGUAAACAGAAAUUGUUCUAGCUACAAAUUUUAUUUGGCUUCCCUCUCUUUCA